AUGGAAUUCAAUAGCAAUAAAAGAAGUGCAGUGGUUGCUCCAGGCUCAGUGUGGGAAACCAGAAUGAAGAAUGAUCAAGUUAAAGGUGGAAUCAAAGUCUUCAAACAAGAAGAACAAAAUGCUGUUACUUGUAAUUCUAGAUUUAAAAGAACCUCAAUUGUGCCCAGAAAAACUUGGACUCCAGUUCACAAGAAUUCAGAGGAACAACAGAGGAGCCCAAUUCAAUCAAGGAAGCUAAGAUCUGAUACACAAAAGGUUGCUGAAGCAGGGCAAUUGAAGAAGAUUAAAUCAGAUCCGAUCAACAAGAAUUCAACUUCUACUGAUUCAAUUCAAUUGAGCAAGUCCAAAUCCGAAUUGGAUCAAGUUCAAGAAUAUGAGGCUGAUGAAUUGGGUGAUAAUGGUGAUGAGUGUGAUAAGAUUGAAGCUGAGAAACAACAAGAGAAAGAGAUGUCACCUGAAAAUUCUCUUGAGAUUGAGAUUGAGACAGAGUGCUUUGAUGUCAAGGAAAUUAGUAUUCCAGAAAAGGAUAAGGUUGUUGUGAAUCAAGUAGAACCAGAAUCAGAAACAGAAAAAGAUAAGGUUGUUGUGAACCAAGUAGAACCAGAAAAGGAUAAGGUUGUUGUGAAUGAAGCAGAGCCAGAACCAAAACCAAAACCAGAAACAAAAAAGGUUGUCAAUGCGAACAUGCGAUUUCAUCACAAAAAUGAAACAAGAGUUACAAGACCAGUUUCUGCACCUCUUCUAGUCAAGCAAUCCUCUACAAUUAGAAGGAAUUCAACAAUUUAUCAAAAUUCGAGUUCAGUUCAAAAGGAAAAAGAACACAGUAGCAUUCCACAAACCCAAAGCAAAUUGCAGAGUCUAGUGGAUUUGAUAAUGUGGAAAGAUGUUUCAAGAUCAGCUUUUGUGUUUGGGGUUGGAACAUUUGUUAUAGUCUCAUCUUCUUAUGCAAAGGAUCUUAAUUUGAGUGUUAUUUCUGCAAUGUCCUAUGUAGGUCUUGUCUAUCUCGCAGUUAUCUUCCUGUAUAGAUCCUUAAUUUGCAGGGGUGUGAUAGAUGUACAAGACUCAAAUUAUGUAGUAGGGGAAAAAGAUGCAAUUUGGAUGCUGAAGUUGGUCCUACCUUAUCUGAAUGAAUUCUUGUCCAAACUCAAAGCACUUUUCUCUGGAGAUCCUGGUACAACAAUGAAGUUGGCAAUUUUGCUGUUUGUUUUGGCUAGAUGUGGCACUUUCAUAACUAUUUGGAAAAUGGCCAAAUUCGGGUUCUUUGGAGUAUUUAUCGUACCAAAGAUCUGUUCUUCGUAUUCAGCACAGUUAACUGCAUACGGAAAUUUUUGGAUUCGUCGAUUUCGGGAUGCAUGGGAUUCAUGCACUCACAAGAAAGCUGUGGCUCUUGGCAUCUUCGGUCUUGUAUGGAAUCUGUCAUCUGUUGUUGCUCGCAUUUGGGCAGUGUUCAUGUUAUUUGUGGCAUUCAGAUACUAUCAACAACACUAUAUGGAUUCUAAAAGGGUGAUAUUCGUGGGUUCAAUAGGAAAAGGGAAUAAUAAGCUUGGAUGCUCUUGUUAUGGGAAUGGUUGA